AUGCCUCUGCCAAGAGCCGACAGCGAGGCUCCGCCCGCUUACGACACGGAUCAUAUUGGGCCCAACCACAACAGCCACCGCAACUCCAGCAGCAAUGGUACCUUCGUCAACGAUAAUGAGGGCGUCGGCUUUGGCCAGCGAAGAGUCUCCAAGGCAACUCUUCUACGCAACCCUUUGGCUGGCAUGACUCGGGAAGAGGUCCUUGCUGACGUUGACGCUUUUGUCGAGUCCAAGGGCCUCACCGAGCACCGCGAGGACUUCCGAAAGGGAGCUCUCGUUGCUCAAGUCAACAACACACCUAGUGGCUUUGAGAAAAUCGACAUGCUUUCCGAAGAUGAGAAGGCGAUCUUGAGAAAGGAAGAGACUUCUCGAUGGCAUCAGCCUUUUGCCUUGUACUUUCUCUGUACUCUCUGUGCCGGAUCGGCUAUUGUGCAGGGUAUGGAUCAGACUACUGUCAACGGUGCGCAGGAAUUCUACUUUGAUGAAUUCGACAUCACAAACGAAUGGAUGAAAGGUUUCACCAACGGCGCUCCUUACCUUUGCUCUGCCCUUAUUGGUUGCUGGACAAGCCCAAUUCUCAACAAGUACACUGGGCGUCGUGGAACCAUCUUCAUCUCUUGCGCUAUCUCUACAAUCACUGGUUUCUGGAUGGCUUGCACAACCUCCCUCGGUAACUUCUUGGCUGCUCGUUUCAUGCUUGGUUUCGCCGUUGGUGCCAAGUCUAGCACAACUCCCGUCUACUCUGCUGAGUCCACACCAAAGAACAUCCGUGGUGCCCUCACCAUGAUGUGGCAGAUGUGGACUGCCUUCGGUAUCGCCCUCGGCUUCGUCGUUUGUGUUGCUUUCCAAAAUGUCACUAUCAUCGGCGUCUACUUCUGCCCGGAAUCUCCUCGUUGGUACAUGGAGCGCGGCCGAUUUGACAAGGCUUUCCGAUCCGUCAAGAAGCUUCGUUUCUCCCCUGUCCAGGCUACUCGCGACAUGUACUACGCUUACAAGCUGCUCGAGAUUGAGCGUGGUGAGCGAGAAGGCCGAAACCUCCUCAAGGAAUUCUUCACUGUGCGCCGUAACAGACGUGCAGCUCAAAGUGCCUGGUUCUGCAUGUUUAUGCAACAAUUCUGCGGAGUCAACGUCAUUGCUUAUUACUCCACCUCCAUCUUCACUGAUGCCAACUACAGCCUUUCCGAGGCCCUCCUCGUCUCCAUGGGUGGUGGCAUCAUCAACUUUCUUUUCGCCAUUCCUGCAAUCUACACCAUUGAUACUUUUGGACGCAGAAACCUCCUCUUGGUUACCUUCCCUCUCAUGGCAGCAUGCCUCUUCUUCACUGGUGGAGUAUUCCAACUUAGCGACGAGCCUCGUGACCCCAAGAUCGCCUGCAUUACUUUGGGUCUUUAUCUCUUCAUGGCGGUUUAUUCUCCUGGUCUUGGUCCCGUACCUUUCACCUACAGUGCGGAAGCAUUUCCCCUCCAUAUCAGAGACAUCGGUAUGGCAUCCAGUACUGCUAUCACAUGGGGAUUCAACUUCAUCAUUAGUUUCACCUGGCCAGCUUUGCGUAGAGCUUUCUCGAACACUGGUGCCUUCAGCUGGUAUGGUGCUUGGAACAUCUUUGGUUGGAUCUUUUGCUACUUCCUCCUCCCUGAGACCAAGAACUUGACCCUGGAAGAACUCGAUAAUGUGUUUGGUGUCUCUAACAGAGAGCAUGCUGCAUACUACUGGAGGAAGUUGCCCUGGUACCUCAAGAAAUACAUCCUGCGCAAGGAUGUUGCUCCUUUCCCUCCCCUGUAUGAGUUUGCUGCCAAUGACGGACAUUAUCCCCAUGAAAAGCCUGAUACGAGCCACAUUGAGGGCAAUAAUGCUGUCGGAGGCGCCCAGGAUAAAGAACUCUUCCCUGGACCUCGAUAGGUGACUUGAUCGUGAGACGUCUGGAUGAGGAGAAAUGGGUUUCAAACGAAGAUGCUGUAUUGGCUAUGAAGUCAAAAUUCAGCGUUUAGUCAAGACUGGGUAAAUUGGAGUUUUUCAAUAUACUAGGAGUUACAUGUAGUUAUGUGGAAGUAUAAUUAUGAUGUAAUGAACAUAAUCAACUGAGACGAAG